UCAUUAAUCUGUGCUGUUAAAUUAACGUCUGUCCCUGUGUGUUUUCUUAAAUAUCAUCAAAUCUUGAUCAAAUCUCGAAAAAAGAUCACAAAAUGAGUUUUGAAACACCAACAAAUAAUGGAAAUAUUAAACCAGAACGGAGAUACUACGAUCGAUCUAAAUCAGACGAUCUUCAUAUAUCGAGAACAGACAUGAAUAUGUUGAUAAUGAAUUAUUUAGUCACAGAAGGUUUUAAGGAAGCAGCUCUGAAAUUUCAACAAGAAGCUGGACUUCAAGAGCCAGCAUUGUGUAGUUCUCUGGAUGAACGUAUCAUGAUUAGAGAAGCAGUCCAAAAUGGUCGUAUCCCUGAAGCCAUUGCGAUGGUUAACGCCUUACAUCCUGAAUUAUUGGACAACGAUAGAUACCUUUAUUUUCAUCUACAACAAUUGCAACUACUGGAGUUGAUAAGAGCUGGUCGCGCUGAAGAGGCACUUGCAUUUGCGAGCGCAACAUUAGCGGAAGCUGGAGCAAACGACCGCAAUGCUCUUACAGAGCUUGAGAGGUCUCUUGCUUUGUUGGCCUUUCCAGACCCCCAUAGCUCCCCAUUCGCUGAUCUUUUACUACCUUCACAUAGUCAAAAGAUUGCAAGUGAACUGAAUGCAGCAAUACUUAAGAUGGAAAACCAAGAAUAUACUAACCCGAAAUUGUGCAGCCUUUUAAGAAUGAUCCUUUGGUCGCAGAGCGAGUUCGACAAGCACGGUGUUAAAUAUCCAAAAAUGACCGACCUAGCUAAUGCCACAAUAGAACAGCCCAAAUGAGAUAGGUUUAGAAAAAAGAAUAUGUUUAGUCGUGAUCGAUAAAGGAAGACAACUUUUUUAAAAUUCAGAUUUAUAUGUAUGACGAUUAAAUUUAUGCUUAUAGACUCUAAAUUUUAGCCUAAAAUAGUUGACUUUUUUUCUUAAUUAUAUGAUUUUAAAAAUUGUACAAUACUGACAAAUUAAAAAUAAUUUAUUUAGAGAUUUAAUUGAGUACUCUGAAACAAAAGAAGUAGAGGGAAGUUUAACUCAUGAUAAUUAUUGCUUCAAACAUCUCCAGCCAUCACCAUCCAUCACAUACACUAAACAUUAUCUAAAUAGUUAUUACAUUUGUAUAAAAUGACAAAAGAACAAAAACCAUUCAUAUAAUUAUGGUAAUUUUUAUUUUAAACCCUUAAAAUUUACAGUUUGUUUUUAACUUUCCCUAUAAUGUUUACUCGAGCCUGAUUUCUUACUUUAUCAGAAUAUCUAUGUAAGAAGCUUGUCUUAAAGGUUUUUUCAGUUGUAUAAAUAAAUCUUGUACAGUAAAUAACUAUAGUAGGACUGUAGAUUGUAAUAGUUGUUAUAGCAAUUUCUCCAAUUUAUGUAUUUCGAAUAUAUAGUAUUUAAAAGGUUUUAAAAUUGAUAACUUUCAAUAUGUCUUCUAAAUAAAUGGCAUAUAAAUUAAUAUAUAUAACCUCUUUUUGAUAAUUGACACUCUUUAUAAAAGCAUAUUUUUCAUGGAUUUGCGUUAAUGUUUAAUAUUGCUUUAUUUAAAUUGUGACAAAGAUCUUGAGCAUACUUUUAGAUGACAAAAAAUAGCUAAUACUGUUUACAUUAUUUUUUUAUAGUCUUUCAAUAAAUAUAAUUAUAAUUGGUUCUUUAAUUGACGAUAUAAACCUUACAAUAAAAGAAGAUUAUAAUACUUAUAGAAAGUAGAUAUUUGUGUAAUUUCAAAUAGUAUUUAAAACCUUGUGUACAUUUUUAUUCAAAAUCUAGUUUAUUGUCGAGAAAACAUAAUUCUAUUACCAAAUACAUGAAUUAAAACCUGUAGAAUUAAUAUUUAAGGAUUUUAUAUUUAAAGUAUACAAUUAAACAUAACUUAUUAAGUAAA